UCUCGGACAAUAGUUGUCUUUAUUGGUGAGCGUGACUGAGCUGUAAAAGCAAGACUUGUGAGUUUGCGACACGGCUUUUCGCGUGUGAAUCAAAGUCGCGUAAAUUUUGCGGAUGGAAAUAUAGAGCAUGCAUAUAUCUAGCGCGAGAAUCGCAUUCCCGAAAUUCUCUGUUUAGCAGCAGGAUAUUUUUCUAAUUACAAAAAAAAACAGUGCGAUUACUUUGCAGUGUUUCGAACAGGAUACAUAAAGAGACUCUACGUUUGACGUAUGAAAAGAUGGUGACCGAUUGAUAUAGCAAGGUUUAAUGAUAACGCAAAUCCCGAGUGUUUCCAUUAAUUUUCGCCGCGAUAAGAUCGUUAAUCAAGCGAGGGAUGGACGACGGCGGAUCGUCGUUGGGGAUAUCGUGAAUAGCCGGAGACAUCGAUUUCGGUAUUACAAAGGAGUAAUUUGAUAGAAGAAUUAUGAAUUCUUUAAAGAUAUUAUUUUGAAUUAUAAUUAACUUUGUACAAUGUCCCAUUGCGAGGAAGAAGCAGUAUCGCCUGGUUUUCACCAAUUAAGUAUAACAAUUGAAGCAGCAAUAUUAAGAAGUUCGACUUUCUUAAAGCCUAAUCCAUAUAUAGAGUUUUCAGUCGAUGAUAAAAGUCCUCGUAAAACAGAAGUAUCAAAGUCUACGUAUCAGCCAAAAUGGAACGAAGAAUUUACUAUACUUGUCACACCAUAUUCGCAAUUGCACUUUCGACUGCUUGACCAUAGUACAUUUCGCAAAGAUGCAUUAAUAGGAGAAAAACGGAUAAGCCUAUUCCAAGUUUUAUCACAUUAUAAUGGAAAAUUAGAAAAUUUAGAAUUAACAUUUGAUUUAAUGAGCGAGAGCAAGCAUGAUUCUCAAUUGUGCAAAGUUGGUGAAUUGAUUACGGUAUUUGAUGGACUUAGAAUUGAUACUACUAAUGAGGCACCGGUAAAUAUUAAUGAGCCACUUUGCCAAAUACAAUCGGAUGGUGCCACAAACAAUGAUACAAUGAAUAAUCGAAGUAUUCUCAACGGUGGAGUCCGUGCGCGUAUGAGAUUGCAUAGUUCAGAUAGUCUUGCGCCGUCUAUGUGUCGUUUGACAAAUAUCCAUCUCAGUCCCAACUACAACAGUGGGAACAGUCAAACAAACAGCAACACAGCAAACAUUGGAUCUUCUACCACAAUAGUUUCGAAUGUGGACGGUACGUCGGGUAAUAAUGUUAGCAGCAGCAGCAGUCUCUCUGCAAACACUUUAAUGAACGGGCACGCGAUUCCAAUAGCGGAUAAAUCUAUGAUGUCCCCGGCAAAUCGGCAUGCCGCAGACAUACGAACUUUUGCAGGUAGAUUGACUAUUAAAGAGCAAUCUCCGGCGUCGGCUAAUUCGCCGGAAGGCCGAGUGUACAGGCGAGGCAGUUACGGCAAUCCGGCGGAGCAGCAAUCCGCGAUGGCCAAAUCGGAUCUACGUAGUAUGCCGCGAUCGGAACAAUCCUCUUCGAUGAUUUCCGGGCAGCAGACGUGCACGGCGGAUGUCCGCGGCAUUUUGCGACAAGAUCAACCGAUAGACAGUUCCAGUACUUCUCAGAUCGACUUGAACGUGUCCCUACAUGCAGACGCACGUGGUAGCGGUGGUGCUCUACGAAUAGAACAACCGACUGUUAUCCCGACUUCACCAGAUGGUCGGGUAAUGACACGAUCGGAACACACGUUACGAAUCGAACAACCGACAGUUGUUGCGACUCUACCAGAUGGUCGUGUAGUGACACGAGCGGAACAAUCGACUAGUGGCAACCACCUUGCGGAUGAUUUACGUGAAACGAGACAACCUACAGAACAGUCUACGAACGUUCGGCGGGUGAGUACAACAAAUGAGGAUCUACGUGCGAUAAGACAACCGGAACAAUCCAUCGCGAGCAGCAUUCGUGUAUCUGAAGAUAUGCGUGGAAUAAGACAGCAGACCGAACAAUCGGCGAAUAAUAUUCGUUUGAACGAAGAUUCGAGAGGAAUGAGGCAAUCCGAGCAAUCCGUUCGUACGGUCGAAGAUUUACGCGCGGCAAGGCAACAACCUACAGAACAGUCUACAAGCGUACGCUUGCAGGAGGAUUUACGAGUUCCUCGCGCAGAACAGUCGUUAAAUGCGGAUCUACGUGGUGUUUCACGUGGUGCUGGUCAACAAAACACGAAUAUUCUGCCAACAGACGGUCACCGCACCGCGUCGUCCGUCUCUCGAUCGGAACAAUCGGCGAUGUUUUCCUUGCCCGACGGACGGACUAUUUCUAUCGCGGAACACAUAUCCUCCCCUGCCGCGAUAUCGGAUCCUCGUUCUGGUGCAUCGCGAAUUCCGCAGACCGCAGUUGCGGUACCGGGUCAAUCUAUGGCUGCAUCCGCGACAGCGCAACCAGGAUCUUCGGUACUGCUCGCUGAAGAUGUCGGUCAUUCCGAAGAACCCUUACCGCCCGGUUGGGAAAUGAGAUACGAUCUGUAUGGGAGAAGAUAUUACGUCGAUCAUAAUACUCGAAGCACAUCUUGGGAGAGACCUCAGCCUUUGCCUCCUGGAUGGGAAGUUCGUCGGGAUCCAAGAGGUAGAAUCUAUUACGUCGAUCAUAAUACGAGAAGCACUACAUGGCAAAGGCCAAAUACAGAGCGAUUACAACAUUUCCAACAUUGGCAAGGUGAAAGACAAUAUGUCGUUCAACAAGGCAAUCAAAGGUUUCUUUAUCCUCAGGCUCAUGGAAGUCAAGUUGCUGCGGGUCCGUCAACGUCCGUGGCCGACGAUGACGAUGCUCUGGGACCAUUACCGGCCGGCUGGGAAAGACGAAAGCAACCAGAGGGAAGAGUUUAUUAUGUAAAUCAUAAGAACAGAACCACGCAGUGGGAGGAUCCUCGAACGCAGGGUCAGGAAACUGGAUUGGAUGAACCACCGUUGCCGGACGGCUGGGAAAUACGAUUAACAGAAGAUGGGGUCCGUUAUUUUGUCGAUCACAACACCCGAACGACAACGUUUCAAGAUCCAAGACCUGGUGCACCUAAGGGCCCCAAAGGUGUAUAUCGUGUUCCACGAGCAUACGAGAGAUCAUUCCGAUGGAAAUUGUCUCAGUUCCGGUUCUUAUGUCAAACUAACGCGCUGCCUAACCAUAUUAAGAUUAGCGUUAGUCGGCAGACAUUGUUCGAGGAUUCUUAUCAUCAAAUAAUGAAUGCAGAAGCUUUCGCGCUAAGACGGCGAUUAUACAUAAUAUUUAAAGGAGAAGAGGGUCUGGACUAUGGAGGUGUAUCUAGAGAAUGGUUUUUCUUACUGAGCCACGAAGUUUUGAAUCCGAUGUACUGCCUAUUCGAAUAUGCCAAUAAAAGCAAUUAUAGUUUGCAAAUAAAUCCAGCAUCAUAUGUCAAUCCUGAUCAUUUGCAAUAUUUCAAAUUUAUUGGCAGGUUUAUUGCAAUGGCUCUUUAUCAUGGCCGAUUCAUAUAUAGUGGAUUUACAAUGCCGUUUUACAAACGCAUGUUGAAUAAAAAAUUAGUCAUGAAGGAUAUAGAAUCCAUUGAUCCAGAAUUUUAUAAAUCUCUUGUAUGGAUUAAGGAAAAUAACAUUGACGAGUGCGGCCUAGAAUUGUAUUAUAGUGUGGAUUUCGAGAUUCUUGGUCAAGUAAUACAUCAUGAGUUAAAGGAUGGUGGUGAUAAAGUUAGAGUAGGUGAAGACAAUAAGGAAGAAUAUAUCAGGUUAAUGACAGAAUGGAGAAUGACAAGGGGCAUAGAGGAACAAACAAAAGCAUUUUUGGAAGGCUUCAAUUCAGUUGUACCUCUCGAAUGGCUGAAAUAUUUCGAUGAACGCGAACUAGAACUUAUGCUUUGUGGGAUGCAGGAAAUAGAUGUCGAAGACUGGCAACGCAAUACUAUUUAUAGACAUUACACUCGUAAUAGUAAACAGAUUCUGUGGUUUUGGCAGUUUGUAACAAGAACAGAUAGUGAAAAAAGGGCUAGACUAUUGCAGUUUGUAACUGGUACUUGCCGUGUACCUGUUGGUGGAUUUGCCGAAUUAAUGGGAAGCAAUGGUCCGCAAAGAUUUUGUAUUGAAAAAUUUGGAAAGGAUACCUGGUUGCCAAGAUCACAUACUUGUUUCAAUAGAUUAGACUUGCCACCCUACAAAAGUUAUGACCAAUUGGUGGAGAAAUUAAACUAUGCGAUUGAAGAAACAGAAGGUUUUGGCCAAGAAUAAUUGUAAUAAUGCUAAUUAAUGGUAUAUAGUAGGUAUGCUACAUAUUAUGUAUAGUGGAUGAUAUACGAACAAAAUUUAGAAUAGCACUACAAAUCAAUGGUAAAAUGGAGUUUAUGCUACAUCUGAAAUUUGUUGGGGAUAACUAUUAUAUAUUAACAGAGUAAAAGUUGCAAAUAAUUAAAGAUGUUUAUAAGUACGUUGCUUGAAAGAUUUGUAUGAGGCAUCGUAAUAACUUUAUGCAAAGAUAACAUAAUAAUCUAAAUUAAUAUCAAUAUAUUCGAACCUAUUUCAUAUCUUAUUGACAUUUUCUACUUGUAAUACAUAAAAAUGGUAUAAAACGUUAAUAAGACAUGAAAUUUAAUAAAGUUCAUAAUACAUACAUGUAUAUGUAUAUAUGUAUGUGCAUAUGUAUGUAUAUAUAAAUAUAAUAGAGAAAAUUAGAUGAUAA